AUGAUUCUGUUGCGAAUCAGUGUUCACUUUCUUGCUCAAUUUGGAAGCUCUACUAUUGAUUUACCACCAAGGUACGCUUUCUGAGUGACCCCUACUCCACUACUACAAGACCACUGAAAGACCACUAAGGCACCACUACUAGGGUACUGAACAUCGAAGAGUAGUACCUCAACAAGUGUACUCAUAGGACUACUGGUAAAAAACGGUGUAGUGGUGCAAAAGUACCACUGAAGUGGUACUAUUAGAACCACUAUGAAAAAACACUGUGGAAAACAACGAGAGCAUAGAGCAGGCGGUUGGACUCGCGCUUUCUAAUCCAGCUACAAAGGUUCGGUUCUGGGCUAGAGCUUUUACUUUGAUUUUUGGCAGUAUUUUUGUUCUUCAUUUUUCCGGUGGAGGGUCUUUAACUUUUUCAUUUUUGACAAAAAGGGGUCUUUAACCCGAAGGGCCUUCCGGAUAGAAAAACAUGUAUGUCAAUGUAUCUUGUAAAUGAAUUCACAUCCCUAAUAAUGGCAAUAAAUCGUUUGGUAGCUGCAUUUCUCCCUGUUUUCUAUAUGAAACAUUUUGGAAUCAAAACUACCAUUUUCGUUUUGCUUCUAGGUUUUUUAUUUCGAUUAUUCAGAACUUUCUUGGACCUUGCAAUAUCGAUCCGUAAGUUGAAUUAAAAAAAUCAACAACUUGUUUUCUAAAUUUUCAGCUCAUGGUUGUUUUUUGCUAUAUUCCUUGGAAAAUUUGACAUAUAUUCCGGCUGACAAACCAGAUUGUAAUGAAUUCGCUGAUUUAGACAAGAUUUUGGAAUUUGAUUCAAUUGUUAUGAUAUUUUUGGUUGUUAUUAAUCUCAUGACGUUUACAAAAAUUAUGUUUAGUUUGAUUGUGCGUUUUUUUCCAAAAACAUCAGAAGAACCUUGAAUGUUUUUUUUGUGGAAAUAGUCAUUUCUAAAUCAUCGAGAGUAUAUGUUGAAUCUCCCGAAACAAGUAAUGUUUUCAGACACACCGAAAAGUUCAAAGCACUUCAAGACGUCGAAUCCGUCAAAACCUACUUGUUUUUCUUCAAACUAUCUUACAAGAUUCUCUAGUUUUCAUCGAUGCCAUUUUCACAUUCAAGUUAAGGUAAGUCCCAAAAACACUCCCACCCCAUAAUUUAUUUCCUCAAAAAGGACAAAUGUUUUUUUUUAGUGAUUUGAGCUCUUCUCGUUUGUGGGUUUUCACCUGUUCCGUGCUCAUUUGGGAAAUUGAUCAUUUUCUCGAUGGAUUUAUCAUGUUUAUUUUCAAUGAUAAUUUUUUCUCAAUUCACCCGAAAAAAUCAGUUUUUGAAGUUCCUCAUAUAAAAAUCACAAUUCAUUCGAACCAAAACUCUCGGCGUAUGACAUUCCCAUUCUAA